AUGUCUCAGCACGAUACCGUCCACGAUGACGAGCAAAAUCCCGCAAAGGAUAAACUCUCCCCCCAACCAUCGGAUGGAGAAACCGCUGCCGAAAUCGACGAAUCAUUCGAAGACGCCGUUGAUACCGUUGAUUCCGUGUCAGUACGAUCCCUGACUAAGAGAGCCGUCUCGACAUCCAGGGCUACUGCUACUGAGCAACAUCAUCCGGCCCAAAGCACCGAGAAUGCAAGUAACCACAUCCAACAGCGUGACCAAGAGGCCACCUCAGAAACCGACGCCAAGUCAAAUCGCGAUUCAUCUCCCCUGUCCAGACGACUAUCCACCACUUCAAAUCUCGACAAUGUUAAUUUAGACGACGAGGCUGCCCCUUCUGCUACUCGAGAAACCAAAGCCUCAACUGAAUCCGAGCAACCGCCCAAGACCUUGUCACUCAGCAGCAUUACGAGCGCUCUACCGUCCAUGCCCUGGUCCCCACCCGCCAAUACAUCACCUGCGAAGAGCCCCGGAGCAACAUCUAUCGCCACACUGACAACGCCCUCCACAUCCCCCGCAACGCAGCCUCCGCCUCCGACUCGAAAACUCACUGGCGCUUUUUCAUGGCUGUCUCGAAAUUCAUCUGGCAAAGACGCUACACCGACUCAACAGACUACACAGCGACGAAACACUGCCAGCUCCGUUGGUACAUUGACCAGCAACCCCGAAAUGAUGCUAGGCAAACUGGAGGAAGAAACUGACAGCGGGAAAACGGAAGCUCGAAAAAGCCUCAAGGACAGAUUCAAGCUAUUGCGUUUACAGCAGGAGGCAGGCAUUCCACUCCACGCACUUGAAGACGACAAUGGCGUCAACCCGACUGGUCUCGGGCUCAUAAACGGCGAUGCUGCGUCCGUUACAAGCGACCUGGCUUCACCUGGUCCGGUGCCGACACCCACUACCGAUCUAGCACCUGGAACUGUAUCUGGAGAAAACGCUGGCCCCUCGGCUAUGCCGGAAGCUCAAGUGGACUGGGACUUGUGGCAGUCUGUCGUCUACGAGGGUCCAGCCGUUGUUGCGCGCACAAGUGCCGAGGAACUGAAUCGCGCCAUGACUACGGGAAUUCCUAGCGCUAUCCGAGGUGUCAUUUGGCAAGUGCUGGCGCAGAGCAAGAACGUUGAGCUGGAAGAAGUCUACAAGGACUUGGUCGUCAAGGGUACAGACAAGGAGAAGAAGCGUCACAGCAACAGCACUACUGCCAGUGCCUCUAGCAGUGUCAACAGCGCACAGAACGGCGAGCCUGUUACUUCGUCAGCGUCUUCAGUUAGAUCUGACCGCUCCGGCACGAAUGCUAGCAUGUCAUCAAAAGCGGAAAAACCAGCCGAGCCAAGCCCCAAAGCGCAGGCAGUAGCGGCUGCUGAGCGCAAGAAGAGGGAAAAGGAGGAGGCUGUAGCCAUUCAGAAGCUUGAGAAGACUAUCCGACGUGAUCUCGGCGCCAGAACAAGCUACUCCAAGUAUGCUGCUUCGGCAGGCCUGCAGGAUAGCUUAUUUGGUGUUUGCAAAGCAUAUGCACUCUACGAUGAAGGUGUCGGAUAUGCGCAAGGCAUGAAUUUCCUCAUCAUGCCUCUCUUAUUCAACAUGCCAGAAGAAGAAGCCUUUUGCUUGCUCGUGCGACUGAUGCACAAUUACGACCUCCGAGAACUCUUCAUCCAGGAUAUGCCUGGCCUUCACAUGAGACUAUAUCAGUUCGAGCGCCUUCUGGAGGACGUGGAGCCUGCCCUGUACUGCCAUCUUAAGCGCCGGGGGAUUUCUCCCCACCUCUAUGCGACGCAAUGGUUUCUCACUCUCUUUGCUUAUCGCUUUCCCUUGCAGCUCGUCCUCCGUAUCUAUGAUCUUAUCUUCUCCGAAGGCCUUUCGGCUAUUUUGAGAUUCGGCAUUGUUCUGAUGCAAAAGAACGCGAGCCUUCUGCUCGCCAUCUCUGAUAUGCAGCAACUCACAACACAUUUGAAGGAUAAGGUCUUUGAUGUGUAUAUUGACAAGGACCCUAGUGCGGGCAGUCUGCUGGAGAAUGGCUUUUUUGGCAGUUCAAGUGCCAGUAUGGACAAGGAAGUCUACAGAGCUGACCAGCUAGUCAAGGACGCCUCCGAGGUUAAGCUCACACCCGAAACGUUGAAGAUAUACACCGCAGAGUGGGAAGAAAAGACCAAGACCGAAAAAGACCGCGAGAGAGAGCUCCAAGAACUAAAAACGGCUAAUCAGAGCUAUGCAAUCCAGUUACGCAAACUGGAAGAGAGAAUCGAGGCGUGCGAUCGCGAGCAAGCCGAUUUGGCGACCGAGCUCGUGCACACAAAGGUCGAAAACCAAGAGUUAAAGGAUGAAAAUGAAAGCCUCAAAGGCCAAGUCCAAGAGCUUCGAGUUGUGAUUGAGAAGCAACCAAUAGAAAUUGAAGAGACCUGGAAGCUCGAAAGAGACAGUCUCAUGAAGCGUAACGAAAAUGUACACGAAGAAAACAGGAAGCUGGAACAGGAGCUGGCAGAGUUGGAGGAGGUACUUGUUCGGACCAAGAUGCAAUACGCAGAGAUCAAUUCUCAGCACGAGACGCUCAACAGGAAAUGGAGUGAUCUUAAGCGGCAAUUCGCAUAA